GACAUAACAUUGUCCUAAUCCCCAUCUGCGCUCAUUUCCCCCACAAACACUUUCCUUCAUUCAACCUCUCUUCCAUCAUCGCUCUGCACAGCAGUAGGCAUCACGGCCUCAGACAUGCCACGGGCAAUGUGGAUUUCCUAUGAUGACAAGAGGCGCGGGGGCCUCGCUCCGGGAGAAUGCCGCGCCCUAGAGGGGCCGAGUGUUGGGAGUUCAGGCCCACGUCGGCACUGAGGGAGGUCAGACGUCGCCGCGCCCUCAUGUGGCAUCGUAUACAGAGACUAACCCGGGCGUGCCGUCGAGGCAUUGGCUGCGCCGUCACCUACAAUGAACACGACCAUGAUGAGCAGGAUAUGGUGUGCCUUGAGCCCAUGGGAUCAGAGCCGAUGGAGAUGCGAAAGAGGCAGAUGUCGGUGCAGCAGGAGUCGGCAGCGGGGGGGACUGCACCGGCCCACCUGGGCCAGCCGGGCCAGGCCAACCCGCGGGGGUCCAACGCCUGCUGCUUCUGUUGGUGCUGCUGCUGUAGCUGCUCCUGGAACGAGGACAGAGACGAGAGAAACCGGAAAGCAUCGUACGACGUCAAGGAAGAGACCGCGGACUGUGAAGAUUGUCCAAAGCCCACGCUGGAGGAGGUGCACUCUUGGGCCGAGUCCUUUGACAAGCUCAUGAGCUGCCCGGCCGGACGCAAUUCCUUCCGUCAGUUCCUGCGCACCGAGUUUAGCGAGGAGAACAUGCUCUUCUGGCUCGCCUGCCAAGAAUUCGCCAAGGAGAGCAACAAGGGCUCCGUGGAGGAGAAGGCCCGCGUCAUCUACGAGGACUACAUCUCCAUCCUCUCCCCGAAAGAGGUGAGCUUGGACUCCCGGGUGCGUGAAUCCAUCAACCGGAACAUGCAGGAGCCCACCUCGCACACCUUUGAUGAUGCCCAGCUGCAGAUCUACACACUCAUGCAAAGAGACUCGUACCCGCGAUACAUGAACUCCUCGGCAUACAAAAACUUGCUCAACGCUCUGUCCGAGCAGUCGCCCGAAUCAUAAAAAAAAAAAAAAGACCUGUGAUCCACUACCCUCUUUUUUUCGAUGUGUAACCCCCCCCACCCCCGCCCUCUCUCUUGUGUCCAGUGCAGGAUUUACGCCGACCAAGCGGGCAGCCUCAACACUCGGGGACACUCAGGUCUCAGCAUCUCGCGAGGGCUCCACAACACAAGUACUGCUCACACUCCAACAUAGCGACACAACAUUCCAAAGGAACUUCUCUUACUUUGACUCCUUUCUUUUCAAAGAACUAAUCUAUUUUAGUUGACAAUUUUAAAAAUGGUUUAUGCUCAAUGGACAGGAAGGGGUAAAUUAUUCCUACUUGACAAUAUAUAUAUCUAUAUAUAUAUCUAUAUAUAGAUAUAUAUACACACAUUCUGAAGUAUAUAUUAUUUUAAUAAUCGAUCUGUCUGUCAAUUAUUUUGUGUGUGUGAAUAUGUAAAUAGUACAAAUGGAAAUAUGGGUAUUUUCUGUGGAGAUAUUGAACUGCGUGACAAGAAUCAAGUUCAAAGGCAAUGGCAACACACGAGCUCCACCUUGCAGGGAACUUCCUCAGUGGGGGCUGGGGGGGGGUGGGGAUGGAGUGUGUAGCAGCCUUUGACCUUGGUUUCACCUUGCUUUUUAUUUAUUUUAUUUUUAAUAAUCUAGUCUAACGCUUGGGUUUGUGUGACUUGGCAACUCCUUUUGUGUGACGUUAGUAAUUGUGACUUUUUUUUCCUACUGUGUUUACUCGCCCGAAGUCUUAUUUUGGAAUACAAUUUAGAUUAGGUUGAGAAUAUAAAAUAUUGAUGAUUAUUUUAGGCAGCUUAUUUACGAUGAAAUAUCAAACAGUGUUUUAUCAAACAGUGUUAUCACUAAAUAACAUUGAGGACAGUGUUAGUUAUGCGAACUAGAAAAUGAUAUGAAGACAUUUCUUUAGCAUCUCAAAAGUUUUAAAUGUACAACUCAUCUGACAUUGAAGGAGUAUUUAUUUCAUUAUCUUCCAAUGAAUUUGGAGAAACAAGCUUUGUUGUAACUUACAAAAUACACUAACAAAAGCAACUAUUUCUAGUCAGACGCUAUGCUAAGCUAGCAUCCCAAUUUGGACUGCGAGACAAAAGCAUAAAAGCGACCUUUGGCACAUCACACUUCACUUUUUGGAUUUAUAUCACAUCAUAAUUGUAAUCUAAUUUGAUGUUGCAGAUGUUUCACGAUUUUGCGGGUUUUCAGAGUGAUUAUUUACACACCAAACGUUUCUAGCUAGACGCUAUGCUAAGCUAGCAUCCCAAUUUGGACUGCAAGACAAAAGCAUAAAGGCAACCUUUGCCACAUCACACUUCACUUUUUGGCUUUAUAUCACAUCAUUAUAAUUUUCGCUGUGAUUAUUUAUCCAAACUAUUUCUGCAGAGCAAUAAGCGUGAGUCAGGAGGAAAGCGUGUGUAAAACGGAGAUGUCCAAAGUUUGGGGAAAAUGUCACACUACUAAAAGAAGCUCAAGUGCAACGUGCCGAUUGUGACAGUCUUGAGUUCCAUAACUGCACGUGUGCGCGAGAGUAAACUUCUUUGGACAAUUAGGCAAGAAGUCUCAAAUUGUGGUGAUAUGCGUUUUAUUGUAGAGUAAGAAUAAAAUGUAGAUAUAAAAUCUAAACAAGUUUUUGGGUUAACGAUGUUCCUUUUUAGCCAAAAUAGGAAGAACCUGUUUUUUCAGAUUUUUUUUUUUUGGAGAUGCAUUUUUGCAGGAGAGUGACAAUCUGAUCAUUUAUGCCAAAUUACUUGAGUUUCUUAAAACUCCACAUAAAUUUUGGGGGGAAAAAUAUAGAGAAAAUGUUUUUUCGCAUUCAAAAAAAGUCACAAAAUGAACAUGAUUUUUGAGAGUGUACUUUUUCUUAAAUGAUUUAUUAUAUUUCCAACUGCUUGUGAACAAUGUAAGACUGCAUUGAACGACUGUUGACCUAAUCAGACGGCAGUCGUACAGUGAAGAUUUGAUACGAUUGCUAGUCGUGGGUUGGCAUUCACGGCAAGCAUCCUUUUGUCGCUACGAUCGGAGUUGCCAAGUGUCUGAUGCUUUUGUGUGUUCCCUUUUUGACUUUUGUUGCUUUCACGACCGUGUUGCUCGAAAGGAUGGGCAGGGGUGGGUUGGGCGGUAUGGGAAGUGCCUUGACAUUCCGUUUGGGCGACAUCUUUCUCGCGGGCAAACUCUCGCCAUAAAGGUGCUUUUGUUUUAUUUGUUGGACCCAAGCACAACAGCCAGUUGAGCGGAACAAUGUCCCCCGCAUCGGUCGAUCCACGAUGUGUUUCCGAUGUUUUUUUUGUUUUGUUGUUGUGGCGACUGCCAAACAAGAUGUGGGUGUGUGGGUGUGUGUGUGUGUGUGAGGGGGGGGGGGGGGGGUUCCAACCCAGCUGGCUGAUCGACGUCUUUGCCGAGUGCAGAUCCACCUCAAACGCACCAAAUUGCGGUUUUGGCGCGACGCCUAUUAAUUAUAGUUUUUUUUCCUUCUGUUUACGAUAUAUGAAAUGUGUUCAUUUUUGCGCAGAGUUUACUGAGAGAAAAAGAUGACCUUUUUAAAUAAUUAAAAAAACAAAACAAAAAUGUCAACGUUUACAGUGUAUGGUUUUAGUUUUCAGGUUUUAUGCUAUUCUCCAAGAACAUGAUACCUUGUGGGCAUUUUGAUUGAGACAAAAUAAAGCACAAUGAUUUUAAAACA